AUGUCUGCAAAUCCAUCAACGGACACUCAAGACACUGCAGCAGCAUCAGUAGCAGCACCAGCACCUGCAGCAGCAGCAUCAGCAGAUGCGCAAGAACGCUCUUCCCAGAGGCAGCAGCAAGCAGCUUCCACUCCGCAGCCGUUGCCUGAACCGACUUAUCAGCAUCAUAAAACGCGCGAUAGGAUACGCAGGGCGAAGAAGCAGCACCGGGGCGAUCUGCACUGGAGUGAAUGGAGCAAGUUCAGAUACGCAGAGUCGAAUUUCUGUGAGGAGUCGAUGCACAUUAAGGAGAACUUGCCUCGCAUUCACAAGAAAGACACGUCUCUUAUCGACUUCAUUCGGAACUUUGAAGUGCCAGGGAAACCGGUGCUGCUGUGCGGGUGGAUGGAUGAGUGGCCCGCGAAAGAGAAAUGGACGAUUGAAAAUCUUCGCCGUAAUUACCGAACUGCAAAAUUCAAAAAGUAUUUCAUUGAUUAUUUGAAACACCAAAAUGACGACUCGCCACUUUAUUUGUUUGAAUCUGCUGUAGAAGACAAAGCAGACACUUGCGGUCUAUUGAAUGACUGGACGGUGCCGGACGUCUUCCCCGUUGAUCUGCACGCGAUCGUAGGUGAAGAGAGAAGGCCUCCCUACCGCUGGUUCUGCAUCGGGCCUAAACGCAGCGGAACGACAGUACACAUCGACCCUCUUGGUACUGCUGCUUGGAAUGCAGUUACCUCGGGGUAUAAGCGGUGGGCUUUGUUCCCCCCUAACACUUCCAAACAAAUUGUAAAGGGCAAGCAUCUCAUAAAACCAGGAGAAGACGAUGAGCCAAUCAUGUGGUUUCACAACAUUCUCCCUCGCAUCAAACAACAGUACCCGGACAUCCCGGUGUAUGAGUGCGUGCAACGACCAGGGGAGAUAAUAUACGUGCCCCCUAAUUGGUGGCAUGCGGUGCUGAAUCUAGUGGACGGCUGGGAGGUGCGUUGCGGGAAGUUCUGUCGGGUGCGCGCAUCGAGUGGCUUUGGUACGGACGUGAGCAGCAGCAGCAGCAGCAGUAGCAGCAGCAGCAGCAGCGCGUCUUCAGAUGACGAAGACGAACUGCAUGAGGUGUAUCAACAGGUGCAUCGCACGCGGGCCUCGAUAUCUCCAGAAGCCUGGAAGGCAUAUUUUCAGUCUCAUGUUGAAGUCUUACCUCCUCCUUGUGCUCUCCCAGCUGUGAAUACUCCGCUAGCCAGACUGACAGAGUGCUGCAUGCAGCGGCAGCCUCCUUUAGAGAAACGAAUGCUACAAAAACCCCAAGAACAGAACGAAAAGACAGAGAGCCAACUUCAACAAAAAAACGCCGCAAGGGAAGCAGAAGGGAAACGACAAAAAACACAAACUUAG